ACGUGACCCGGCAACAGGAGCAAUGUGGGGUUCACGUGAGUGACGGCUGCCUUAACCAAUCAGUGAAGUCUCCGCCCAGCCGGCGGCGGGUACUAGGUAGACAAGGCGGCGGGGAUGCGGUCUGUGUAAUGUGCCCCCGGUGGCGCUGACUGUGUUGGGAUGUCUCACACGGAGGACCGCCGCUAUGUGGAGCUGUGUCAAGACUCCGUCCGUCUGACUGCAGAAAGUGUGGGGUUUGAGGUCACUGAUGAAGUGGCCGCUGUGCUGGCUGAGGAUGUAUGCUACAGGCUCCGGGAAAUCACACAGUUCAGUGCACAGUGUCUCAGGCACUCUCGGAGGAGAAGACUUACAGUGGAGGACUUCAACCGAGCAUUGCGCUGGAGCAAUGUAGAGCCAAUAUAUGGACAUGGAUCCCCAGACCCGGUAUCGUUUCGCAGUGUUAGAGAUAGUGACUGUCAUUGUGCUGAGGAUCGUGAUAUAAAUCUGGUGGAACUGGCGUUAGCCACAAACAUUCCCAAAGGAACUGCAGAGACUGCUGUAAGAGUUCAUGUAUCUUAUCUGGACAGUAAAGGAAACCUGGAGCCACAAGGGACAGUUCCUGCUGGUGUAUCAAUGCUAACAGAUGACCUAUUGAAAUAUUAUCAGCGUGUGACGAGAGCUGUCCUAGGGGAUGAUUUGAAUCUUAUGAAGGUGGCACUUCAGGAUUUACAGACAAACUCAAAAAUAGCUGCAUUGUUACCAUAUUUUGUGUAUGUUGUGAGUGGGGUCAAGUCAGUGAGUCAUGAUCUGGAGCAGCUGAGUCGUCUGUUGCAGUUAGUCCGGUCUCUCCUGUCAAAUCCAUAUCUGUAUUUGGGAAGUUACGGCUGCAGUCUCAUGCAGAGUGUAUUGUACUGUGUAACUGAGCCGCUUGCUGCCUCCAUAAACCCACUAAAUGACCACUGGACGUUACGAGACUAUGGAGCGGGAUUACUGAGUUGCAUAUGGACACAUCGGGACUUGGAAGGUUCACUGUAUACACAGGUUUUGCAAUCUCUGCAAAAAGUUUUGGGAGACCCUGUCCGCCCUUUGUGCUCCCAUUAUGGUGCUGUGGUUGGUCUCCAUGCCCUAGGCUGGAAGGCAGUGGAACAGGUGUUGUACCCUUUACUACCAACUUACUGGUCUGGAUUGCAAACCGUGCUAGAUGAUCACUCCAUGUCCAAUGCACAGGUUAAGGCGGAUGGCCAUAAAGUCUAUGGAGCCAUUCUAGUUGCUGUGGAACGCCUUCUGAAAAUGAAAGCUAAAUACUGUGAGAAAGAUGCAGGCCCCUCUCCCCAUGAUUCAUACUCUACACUCCCUCCUGCUCCCACUGUCUCUCUGCUGGAGAUGUACAAUGAGUUGUAUUGCUUUUUUGGUGACAGCUUAGCUGUUCGCUUUGGGACUGGAGGAACUCCAUCACAACCAGGAACAAUUUCUAGAUGCCAACAAGAGCCAAAAAAGGAAAACUCAGUGGAUGGGGCAAGGAAAAUGCCACAGUUGACAGCUCAUGCAGAAGAAGAAGUGGCUAACCCUAGCAGACAACCUCAACGACCUCCUCAGAUUUCUCUAGCUUCAUCAUCACGCCCUCGAGGGGCUUCACGGCAGGGACAGAGGGGGCAGGGAGUAAGAGACGCAUUCCAAAGGAGUAGACUUGCACCACGUGGUUCUCCCCGCUUUACCUUCCUUAUAGGAGGUAGACAAGCGGGUCGUGGGGGCAAUGGUCGGAGGUUUCAGAGUGUCUUCCAGCUACACACUGGCCCUUCUGCGACUGCUAGCCGAUAUGCCCAAAAGUUGCCAAUGAUCGGAAGAAUGACAAAACCUGGACGCAGGGGAUCCCAGGCUGAACUUUCACUUUAUUUACCAUUGUGAUCAAGAUGAGACAGUGUGCUGCUGACCAACAGCGUGAGGAACGUGUGUUUAUGGUUGAAUCAUAUUGCAGUGCACUACAUUUGGAAUCUGCUUCCCUGACUGAUCAGCAUUGGCAGCUUAAAGUACUACCUGCUACGGACAACAAAUCAUUGUGUAUUUUGUACAUUGGAAUAAAUGCAAAAAUACAUAAUCUUAAAAGGAAUAUGCCACCAUAUCUAUACUGCCCUCCCUGCGGGCAGCAUUAACUAGUGAGUGACUUGCUGGUUUCAGCACUGUUGGUUAUAUGUUCCCAUGGUGUAUUUUUUGUGAAAGUUGCAGCACUCAAAUUGUGAUGUGAACCAGGAGAUGGCAGUAUUCAAGCUAAAGGCUGCCCUGCUGAUUGACAGCUUUCUCUCUAUUAAAGGAAAUUUGUCACCAGUUUUACGCUUUUCAUAAAUGAAGGGCAACAUAAGCUAGUGACAGAUCCCUCUUAGCUAAACGCUGGGUCACUUUCUUUAAUUGGCUUAGCCAUUUUGCUAAAAUCUCGUAUUGAACAGCUCCAGGGCAUGCCCUAUGCAUAUUAAAGGGAAUCUGUCAGCAGUUUUAUGCUGCUAGGUUCUAACAUCUCCAACACAUGCCAAGGAGUCCCCAUAUCCAUGAGCUCACGGCUCUCCCCGCCCACCUGCCUCUGAUUGACAGGUUUUUUCCCAUAUGCAUCAGCAGCAGGUAAGCUGGGAGAGCCUGGAGCUCAUGAAUAUGGGGACUCAUUUGGCAUGUGCUGGAGCAGUUUAGCACAAUAUUGUAGAAAAAUUAAUUAGUCCAGCAUUUUGCUAAGGGGAUUUGUCACUAGUUUAUGUUGCCCUUAGUUGGGACACCAUCAAACUGGUGACGGAUUCCAUUUAAAGGGAAUCUGUCAGCAGUUUUAUGCCGCUAGGAUCUAACGCCUCUAGCACAGGCUGAUGAGUCCCCAUAUUCAUAAGCUUCAUUUUUUUUCCCACCCCCUGCUGCUAAUUCAGUUGGAAAAAUACUGUCAGUGGCAGGGAGAGGAGAAAGCCAGAAGCUCAUGAAUGUCAGGACUCAUUGGCAUGUGCUAGAACCUUCCAGCGUUAAACUGCUGACAGCUUCCCUUUAUCCGUAUGUCUGUUCCACAGACUAUUCUUGUUUAUAACUACAGGACCAGACCUGGGCAAGGUUAAUUCUUGUGGACAAGAAUAGGCAUUGUUACAAUGGGUCCGCCAAAAAAAAAAAAUAGAUGCAACACAGAUGUCAUUCAUGUUAUUAUUUUUUUUUGCAGAUACGGAUUUUAUGGACUGCAAAAUACAUGGUCGUGUAAAUGCACCCUUAGGCCCCCUGCACACAAUCAGGAUUGUGUGCGGAUUCUGCGCGCGGAUUUGCGUGCGGAAAAUCCGCACCGUAAGUCAUGUACAUUGUAUUCUAUGAGAAUUUGAAAUUCUCAAUGCACACGAUGCAGAUUUUUUUCCACGCGGAUUUUGACCUGCGGUGCGGAUUUUAAAAUCCGCGACAUGUCAAUAAAUUUAUUGACAAUGUCAAUUAAUUAAUGCGGAUUGACCGCACAGUUUUGCCUGCGAACACCUGCGGAUUUCAGUGCGGAUUCUCCGCACAUGAAUCCUGAACGUGUGCAUGUACCCUUAAUGUACAUAGAGAGAAAACACUGGCUGCACAAAUAGUACGCCACAGACACACAUGACUAUCGCAGAGCUGAACGCAGCUAGUCUGUCACUACUUUAUACUACCAGCAGACAGGGCAACAUCCACCUGGUGACAAAUCCCCUUUAAUUUAAAGUUUAGAGCCAAAAUUUACAAAAUGAAAACUAGUCUGAUUUCCGUAUUUUGGGAUUUGUCCAAACCAACAAGUUUAUAAGAAAAAAUAAAUAGUUGGUUUAUCUGGCAUUGUAAAUGGUAUAUCAGUUAAUUAGUAAAGGGAACCUGUCAGCUCCACAAUGCACCAUAAACCGCAAGCGUUACCUUACAGAUGUUGACAUCAGGUUUCUGGUGGGUUUUUUUUUGAAGAU